AGUCAUCCACCUGGCCAGGCAGGUACACAGUCAGCCUGCCAGCCGAGAUGUGACGUUGUUGUUGUUCACCCACACGGUUUUUGAGAACAUUUCCUCGGUCGCUGCAGCAAACAGAAACGUUUUCACCCACGACCCUUUCGUCGACGUUUACGAACCUUCAGCUAUGGACAAACUGAAAUCGGUCCUCAGCGGCGAAGAGGCGCGCAGAGACGACCGCACCAUUUUAGAGACUGUGAACGAAGCGUCCACGUUGGGCUGGGGCACGCGCGUGAAGGGAUUCGUCGCCUGUUUCGUGGUGGGGGGCGUGUGCACAUUGUUGGGAGUUUGUUUCCUCUUCCUCCCCAGGAUCGGGCUCACGCUCUUCAUCAUCUUUUACACGUUUGGAAACCUAUGUGCUCUGGGCAGCACCAUGUUUCUGAUGGGGCCCUUGAAGCAGCUGAAGAGGAUGUGUGACAAAACAAGAGCGCUGGCCACCGCCAUUAUGAUUACUUGCCUGGUGUUGACUCUCUGCGCAGCCUUCUGGUGGAAGAACUUUGGACUUGCGUUGUUAUUUUGCAUCUUACAGGUCUUGUCAUUUACCUGGUACAGUCUGUCGUACAUCCUGUUUGUGAGGGACGCAAUACUGAGGAUGCUGUCCAUGUGCUGCAAAUGAGCAGCAUCGAGCCUCUUUAUGCUGAAGGUCGUGGCUGGAUGAAGUGAAAGGGGGCAGGUCUCUUAUUGAUGUUACUGAAACAGUCUUCCUGUUGUUCUGCUUCAUGGAGUCUGAGACUCCUCUGCUGUGACGAGACAUGAUUUUGUCUCCAAUUAUGUUCCCCAUAUUCUUGUUUUAUUGAAUUGAUGAAGUUUAACUUUGAAUUGAUUAAUCCAGUUUAUACCAAAUUCAACAUGUGAGCAUAUUUUGUAAUAUAUGUAAAUAUUUGUAAUAA